AUGCUAACCAGGCUCCAUCUGUCGCCACUUCCCGCGCACGCCUUCUUGCAGUUCCUUAUGGAGCUGACCAAGCUGUUCGAACAGAGCACAGCAAAGCAUUCGGUCUAUGUGACCUCAAAGAAAGCCCCGGCAUCUGCAGCAAAGGAUGAUGAUGUCGACAUGGCACCUUCUUCCUCGUCCGGUCUCACAGACGCCAUCCUGUUCCGAGCCACCAACGGCGUGUCAGGAAGCGGCAAGGUCAAGAUCAGCACGUUGGUACCUGCCUCCCAGCUCGCGACAUUUCAGCACGCUUACUUGCCUUUGCUGAGGACACAUCUCUCCAAUGGACUCAAGAAGCGUGAUAAGGCGAAAGAGAGGAAGACGGACAAGGCUCGAGAGCAGAGCCGCAAGAAGUUGGUGGAGGUGGUGGACGGCAAGGACAAGAUCAUCACCAACAAGAUGGGCAGCAAGCGGGGUGCGGGCCGACGCAAACGACAGCGUGCGCUCCACAAGGGACUCGCACUGCGAAAGGAAAAGUCUAAGGAAGCCAAGCGAAAGGCACAAGCAUCCAAGACUGCCUAG